ACCAUACCGACCGACCCACUUCAUUCUCAACUCCACUCCGAGCCCAACCACGCCCCGGGAGGAGGGCAGAAGCGGCGGCAACAGGGGGAGACUCGCCGGUCCGCAGGUGUCCCGGGUUCCCUCAUGGAAGUAGCCAAUAGUCGCUGAAGGGACGUCUGAACCAUGAAGUUCGGGAAGAGCAUCUGCGUGCUGAACGUCGGGGGGACCCGCUACGCAUUCACCCGCGACGUGAUCCGGGAUUUCCCUCUUCGACGCGUCAGCCGUCUCCAUGCGUGCGCCACCGAGAAGGAAGUACUGGAGCUGUGCGAUGACUACGACCGCGAGCGCAACGAGUUUUUCUUUGACCGCCACGCGCAGGCGUUCGUCUUCAUCAUGCUCUACGUGCGCUCCGGAAAAUUGCGCUUCGUCCCCGGCGUGUGCGAACUGUCCUUCUACACCGAGAUGCUCUACUGGGGACUGGAGAGCGCGCAUUUGGACUCCUGCUGCCAGAAGCGCCUGGAUGACCGACUUUCUGAAAUCGGGCUGUCCGAGGUUGGGCUGUCGGGUGAUGGCGUUGAAAGGGAGGACACCCAGAGUCCGGGGCAGGGAGAACCGGUGGCGGUGAUACAGCUCACCCGGCGCGCGAAGUGGUUGGAGACGGCACGCAGGGCGUUCGAGGAGCCCAAUUCGUCCAUCGUGGCGCAGCUCUUGGCCACCGUGUCGGUCGUGUUCGUCAUCGUGUCCAUGGUCAUGCUGUGUGCCAGCACGUUGCCAGACUGGGACACUGCCAAAAGAAAUACCGUGGAGGAGCACAGGAUAGUGGAAGCCGUCUGCAUCGGCUGGUUCACCGCCGAGUGCAUCCUGCGCUUCUUAGUGGCCCGGGACAAGUGGGACUUCCUGCGGCGUCCGCUCAACAUCAUCGAUGUGGUGGCCAUCACGCCGUAUUACGUCACCAUGGCGAUGGCCCGCGCGGGUAUGCCGGGUGCCGGCUUGGGAGUUGCGGGCGUGUUCCUGCGCGUGCUCCGCAUGAUGAGAGUGUUCUGGUUGAUGAAACUAGCCCGCCACUUCCUGGGCCUGCAGACCCUGGGCCUGACAUUACGCCGCUGCUACCGGGAAAUGGUGAUGCUGAUGGUGUUUGUCUGCGUCGCCAUGGCGAUCUAUAGCGCCCUGGCGCAGCUGUUGGAACACGGAUUGGAUUUGGGCACGCGCAACCAGGACUAUGCUAGCAUCCCUGCUGCCGCUUGGUGGGUCAUCAUCUCCAUGACGACCGUGGGAUACGGGGAUGUAUACCCCAUUACCAUCGGGGGACGGGUUCUCGGUGGCAUGUGCGUGGUCAGCGGGAUCGUCCUGCUAGCGCUACCGAUCACGUUUAUCUACCACAGUUUUGUACAGUGCUACCAUGAACUCAGACUGCGAUCAGCCAGGUAUGCCCGUAGUCUCUCAACGGAAAUGCUGCAAUGACUUUUUGCCUAUUCAUUCACAUCUGCUGCCACUGACGGCAAUAAACGUCCAAUUUAUUUUGACUGGCUCUUUCCACAACGAGCUGAAACUCUUUGAGGUUUGCUGCAAAUUUACACCAGUCUAACACUGUCAUUUGAUUUCUGCAAGCCCUCCAAGUCAAAAUGAAUUGGACGGCUAUUGUCAUAAAUGGCAGCGAAUGAGGUAGCGGGAUGACUCUUUCUCGCUUUGCACAAUAGAAAUAAAAGGAAUAAGUAGAAAUGUUACACAGUGGUAAAAAACAUAGCACAAUUUAGAUGUGUUUUGAAUUUGUACUCUUUGGGGAACAAGAGGCACAAAAUUAAAGACAUAAAAUAUUGAAUCAAAUCAAUAAUUAAAUAUGCCAUUAAAUCUGUUACUUAAUUCCAAUACAAUGAGGUGAAUGUCAAUGACAUUUAUUUUCUCGCGAUACGAUUUUUCUACCUAAAUACUAGGGGUAUAACGGUACACAAAAAUCUUGGUUCGGUACGUACCUCGGUUUUGAGGUCACGGUUCGGUUCAUUUUCGGUACAGUAAGAAAACAAAAUGCAAAAUAUAAACGUGCUAGUUGUUUAUUACACACUUUUGUGCUUUCAACAAUAGGAACAUUAGCCUAUACAAAGCUAGAAUUCGGCUCAAAAAGUAGUGGGUAUUUAAAGAUAAUCCAACAACAAUUUGCCUUUCAGACCCCCCGUAUUGGUUGGUCAGCUUUCUUUCUGAAAGAAAGAAGAAAAAAGAAGUCCUGUGCUCAAGAGAAAAGCAAUCCCAAUGACAAAGAUUUUAACAUGUAUUUUACAAAUGCAAUGCCUCAAUGAAACAUUUUUUUUCUCAUGAACGGUUAUCAAAAGCUUUAUUGGUGGAUUUUCUCAAGUUAAAGCGCCACACAGAAAUUAAUAAAUUUAAUUGUGUAAGCAGGAUGUGUGUAUUAUUUUUAUUAUUUAAUUACAGGUGUUUUAGCUCAUUUCAAUUUUAUUUAAAUGGGCUAUUAUUUGUUUUAUUAUGUGUUUAUAUUUUACAAAUGUGGUGUAGUAUUCAUUUAUAUUGUAUAUUUUAUGUUGUAUAACUUUAAUUCCUAUGUGAAUAUUAGUUCCUACUUGUUUUGUUGUGGUAGGAGGAUUUUGUAUUGAACAUGGAACCGUGUUGGUUAUUUUUAUAGCAGAGAAGACAGCAGUAAAUAACAAAGACAAGUCAACUGUGCCCUGAUCUACAACUCAAGAGAUCUGAUGGACUCAAAAAGUGGGUUACGAUUGCAUAUUAGUUUGAAAAUUGACCGGAUCCACCGUAUUUUUACACGAGUGACUUCCAGCCCGAUCCUAGCUACCGGUAGUAGUAUUGACGCAGGAGGGUCGCGUCUCGCGUCAAAUAAUCAACUCUGUCGUUCUCGUGCGUCGCGUUGAGCCGCUUCUGGGACGCGGCUAACACGCGGCCGCACUGCAACUGGUGAGCAUUGGCUGAUUGACUUUAACGCCCGCAUUUCACUGCGUUCUCGCGGCGGCCACGUUGUCGCGCCGUUGACGUUUCUUAACUGUACUACCGUAUUGGUCCUCAUUAUAGUAGAGAAGACAGAGUAAAUAUAAUCUACACAAAGAAACUGUAACCCGAUCGACUCACAGCCUCAAAAAGUAAGGGUUACAUUACGUUAGAAACUCGUUCGGUACGCCUCCGUUCCGAACCGAGGACCCCGAACCGAAACGGUUCAAUACAAAUACAUGUACCGUUACACCCUUACUAAAUACUACUAGUACUUCACACUCAAAUACUCUGUUCUUGUGUGAGGUAGUUAAACUUCAAUGUAUUUCACCCCCUAAUCCUUGUCUUCAACUCAAAAGCUGUGCUGAAUUUAAAACAAAAGUAAUCUACGGGUAUCUGCUGAUGAUGUAAGGCGGGUGGAUUCAAUUUGACAAAUAUAAACAAGCACAUGCGCGUUUGUUUCCAUGCACAAUAGAAAUUAACCGAAAAACUUGAAAUAGAAGGUAAACUCUCACGUAAUCAGGUUUUCAAAUGGCAUCCUAUAGAGUGAGCGCACCACUUCAGAAGCACACAAAUCAUUAUUUAUUAAAGGCAGGACCAAUCGGGCUGUCCCUACGGAUAGUUGUUUACACUGCAUUGCCAUGGUUACAGCACUAUGAGUCGUGGCCUUCAGCCAUUCAAUUUGUCGGAGGCUGUGCGCAAAAGUGAUUUUUGACCUAGUUGCAUUUAGCAUGUAUAUAGGCGAGUAUACAGGAAGGCCAUACACUCAUACUGAUAUUUGUUGUGAAAAGAAUGAGCUCAAAUCAGGAUCUAAUGGAAUAUGGAUGUA